UUAUACAGAACGUAAAUAUGUGUAAUGGCCGUCUGAUUACGCCGAUUCAAAUUAGGGGAAAAUUAUUUGAAAAUUUCUUGUGUAAAUAAUAUAAAUUUUAAACUAUUCAAUUAAGUUUAUUUAUUAGCUACAGCCUGAAACAAUAAAAAAUAUGGCACUUUCUGAUUUCCUGAUUGGCGGUUGCGCAGCAAUGGGGGCGAUUUGCUUCACGAACCCACUUGAGGUAAUAAAAACUCGUUUACAAUUGCAAGGUGAACUAGCCGCCCGGGGGUCUUAUGUGGAGCCUUACAGAGGAGUUUUCAACGCUUUGAUCACUGUGAUAAGAAAUGAUGGUUGGUUGGCUUUGGAAAAGGGACUUGUGCCCGCGUUAUAUUUCCAGUUUAUAUUAAAUUCAGUUAGAUUAGGUGUAUACCAGACAGCCAUGAAUAACAAAUGGAUGCAUAACAGAAAUGGUGAUGUAUCCUUUUUUCGCGGUAUGCUAUGUGGUGCUACCGGUGGAGUUGCUGGAUCAUUUUGUGCAAGCCCAUUUUAUAUGGUGAAAAUUCAAUUUCAAGCACGUUCCAAUAGCAAAAUAGCCGUUGGUUAUCAACACCAACAUAGCGGCUUUAUCAAUGCCUUUGGAAACAUUUUAAAAGAAAGUGGAUUUUUUGGUCUGUGGCGUGGAGCUACGGGUAUGCUUCCACGCGUGGCGAUAGGGUCAAGCACACAAAUUGCAACUUUUGGCAAAACAAAAGCUAUGCUACGCGAUUAUGAAAUUGUCAGGCAACCCAUGCUGAAUACUUUAACAGCUGCAUUUGGAGCGGGUAGUGUGGUGGCUUUCGCUAUUACACCACCUGAUGUAAUUUCGACGAGGCUGUAUAAUCAAGGCAUUGACUCAUUCGGCAAAGGAAUACUAUAUAAAGGAUGGUGUGAUUGUGCACACAAAGUAUUCAGAUAUGAGGGAAUACGUGGUUUAUAUAAAGGAUUUUGGGCAAACUAUUUGAGACAAGCCCCACAUUCAACGCUGUUAUUGUUGUUUUUCGAUUUACUUAUUGCAGCUCGAGACAAAUAUCAAACCAGCUAAAAUAUUCACUAUCGAUCUGAAGCAAAACACAUUAUUUUGAUUAUUUAAAUCAUACUAUUUUGCAAAAUGAUUGAUAUAUUCUAUAUAUUAAAUUAAAUACUUAUUACAGUUUU